AUGCUGAAGAACGGUUUAAGGAAUACCUCGCGCUGCUUAGCCCAAGCAUCUCAAUGUAACGCCCAUCACUCAUUACCCACAAUCAGGUACUUCACUUCGCUUACUACGAGCUCGAGGUGGGGAGGGAAUCAGACCAGAUCUUAUGUGCUCACGUUGGCAGGGAUAAUAACCGUUGCUGGCUUGUAUGCUGGAUCUAAAUCACGGAUAUAUCUGGAUGAUUCGGUAGAUGUGAAUGAGGAACAGCGGAUAGAUCCAGAUGGCGGCGUAUCAGGUGCGAAAGGGUCGAAGAAGUCUGGUGAAUCGUCCAAAAUAGAUGUACGUGAAGAUCUGAGAGUUGAAGGAUGGAGGACCGACCAAGCCAAUGGGAAAGAGAAAGGAUAUAUAACGAUGGAGGAGGUAGCUCGACAUGAUUUGGCUCAUGAUGCUUGGGUGGUAGUAGAGGGAAAGGUGUUUGACGUUACCGAAUUCCACAAAUACCAUCCUGGUGGAUCGCAGAUUAUCGUCGCUAAUGCCGGAAGAGAUAUCUUUAAACCUAUACAUCCACCCAAAACCUUAGAGAAUAAUCUUCCACCAGAAUCUUUCAAGGGAUUGGUCGACCCAAAAGCAGCCGCUAAUUCGCUCAAGGCAUACGAAGCGGAGCAGCAAAGGGUUGAACAGGCAAGAAAUGCUCUACCUCCCGUUGAGACAAUGCUUGGACUAGAUGAGCUGCAGGACGCAGCGGAAUCCUUUCUCAGUCCCAGAGUGAUCAACUAUUACGGCGCAUCCAGUUUAGAUGGUUAUUCGACAGCAGAGAAUCGCUCGGCAUUCCGUAAAUGUCGUUUGAUACCUCGUGUCAUGCGAGAUGUUACCACUGUCAGACCUCAAACCACUAUCUUCGGCGUACCUUCGGCUCUACCAAUAUAUAUAUCACCAGCUUCCAAUGCCUUAUUGGGACAUCCUGAAGGAGAACUCAAUAUUGUACGAGGGGCUUCAAAAACUGGUAUUGUCCAAGGUGUUUCUGCAGCAGCAUCUUUCCCACUUGAUGAGAUAUUGCAGGAAAAGGCAAAGAUGGACCAAGAAACCGGGACGAAGAUGGGCAUGGUAUAUCAGGUUUAUCUAUCUCGUGACCGAAGGAAAAACGUAGAACAGCUGAAAGAGGUGGUCGAUGGUGGUGUACAAGCUCUGAUAUUGACGGUUGACUCCAAUGUGGGUGAUCAUCGACAAAGUACCGAGAAGCUGAAAGGGGCAAGGGGUGAUGCGCAACCUGGAGUGCGGAUGGGACCGAUAGCCAACUCUGACCAGUGGCAUGAUGCGAGUCAGAAUUGGGAUGAUCUCAAGUUCAUCAGGGAGUAUGCACCGGGUUUGCCAAUAUAUUUGAAGGGAGUAUCACAUAUUGAGGAUGUCCGGCUUGCCAAGAAACAUGGGUUAGCUGGGUGCAUCCUAUCGAAUCACGGUGGCAGACAGCUGGACGGUGCUAGAACAGGAUUUGAUAGUUUGAGAUCAAUAUAUGCGCAGGAUCCACAACUGAUCAAAGAUCUCGAGAUAUAUAUCGAUGGUGGAUGCCGACGAGGUCAUGAAGUGCUGCAAGCUCUCGCUUUUGGUGCGAAAGGAGUAGGAUUGGGUCGACCGUUUCUAUACGCACAAGCUGCUUAUGGUGAAAAGGGGGUUAUCCGAGCAGUGAGAAUCAUGGAAAAGGAGAUAGCCACUGCUAUGCAGCUGAUGGGUGUGACUGAGCUGAGCCAAAUAAAACCAGACAUGGUAGAGUGUCUACAGGAGAUCUGGAAGUGA